AUAAUAAUGUCGAGUAUAACAAUAUCUGCUGUUAGAACUAGAUCAAGUAUACUUGAUAAAUCGUUGAGCAAAGGCAAAGGAGAGGUUAGUUUAAGUUGUUAUGCCCUUUUGUUUUCCGAAUUGGUACAAUAUUGUCAAAAUCGGGUGUAUACGGUUCCAGAACUACAAAAUAAAUUAGCUGAACUUGGAACAGAAGUUGGUCAUAGAAUUACAGAUUUAUUGAUUGUUCGUGAAAAAGGAGGAAAACGAGAAAUAAAAUUAUUAAAUAUUUUACUUUUUAUUAAAAGUACAGUGUGGAAAUCAUUAUUUGGCCGUGAAGCUGAUAAAUUAGAGCAUGCUAAUGAUGAUGAACGAACUUAUUAUAUCAUUGAAAAAGAAUCAUUGGUGAAUAAAUAUGUUUCAGUACCUAAAGAUAAAGGUAGUUUAAAUUGUGCAUCAUUUGUUGCUGGAAUUGUUGAAGCAGUCCUCUGUGACUCAGGAUUUCCAGCCAAAGUUACUGCUCAUUGGCAUAAAGGAACAACUUACAUGGUUAAGUUUGAUGAUUCUGUAAUAGCUCGAGAUAAACAGCUCGAUGAUAAAUGAAAAUAAAGAAUUAGAUUCGCCAAUUGGUUCGGUACUAAGUAGGUUACACCAUCUAUUGGUUAGAAUUGGAUUCAUG